GGAACAUGGCACUGACCGACUAGAUUACAGAGGAUACCCAAGCGCAUUUGAACAUUGAUGAUCCGUGGCUCUUGGUACAUCGCGUGGACUUGCACAAUGCAUUGCGUGAGAAAGCAGAGGAAGGCUUUGGUGGGAAGAAGCCGAGGAUCCAUCUCUCGUGUGCGGUUGAGUCGGUUGAGUCUUCUACCGGGGCAUAUCACAUUAGUAGACGGACGCGUGUUCCAGUCAGACCUCAUCAUCGGUGCAGACGGUAUACACUCCCUAACAGUCGAAGCUGUCACCGGCGCUCCCACAGAGAAUAUGAGCACAGGGAAAGGAAAGAGGCACGUCUACUCGAAUGGAGGCCGGCUUAUACUGUCGAACGUCGACCGCGUCCUUAUCCAAGACUGGAGUGCAUCAACUGCUGUAGAGUUUGUCUAUAUGAGAAGAUGGAGUCGGAGGCAAACAUAUGCUUGAUUCAAGUGAUUGCUCUUGGUUAGCCGGGGGCGGAACCCAGGACCGCAUCGAAGUUUGAUGUAUCCUGCAGCAGCCAUGCCUCUGUCUGAAGGUCAGACGGGUUGAGCCGAAAAGUCGUAUACAUGCUGUCUAACACCCAGCCCACGCUGCUCAAA